CCAGCACUUGGGGGGCCGAGGCAGGCGCGCAAAGGGGCGCCCAAGGGGAGGCUGGGAAGGCAGCCGGCGAGGAAAGGCAAGGACCGGCCCAGCCCCCCCCCUCCUCCUCCUCUAGACCCAGUCAGGAUGUGACAUCAUUGGUGGGGCAGAGCGAGAGAGAAAAAGGCCGGGAGUUUCUUUCAUGAACACCCCAGCGAAGGGCUCGCCUUGUGGAGCAACUUGAAGCCCCCGAGCUCCACGUCGCUCCCUCCCAGUUCCACACCGGCUGGAAGAACCCGGCUCUUGCUCCGUUUCUGCGAGAAAAGAGAGAGAAGAUUGGCGGGGCAAGUCAGUGGAGUUAACAUUCAUUUGUAUACUUCAAUUUUUUUUGUCUUUGGAAAAUAUAUUUCUGGAGUCACGUUGUUUCACAUUUUUGUAGCAUUGGAAAGCAUCCUUGUACUUGCCAACCUGGCUGGGUCCAGCCCAGAAUGGCUUUGUGCCUUAAACAAGUUUUUAACAAAGACAAAACAUUUCGACCUCGGAAGAAAUUUGAGCCAGGUACCCAGCGGUUUGAGCUGUACAAGAAAGCCCAGGCCUCACUCAAAUCAGGACUAGACCUGAAGGCUGUUGUCCAGCUACCCCCAGGGGAGAACAUCAAUGACUGGAUCGCAGUGCAUCUGGUGGACUUUUUCAACCGGAUCAAUCUCAUCUAUGGGACCAUGUCAGAGUUCUGCACUGAGAAGACCUGUCCCAUCAUGUCAGGUGGCCUCAGGUAUGAGUACCGGUGGCAGGAUGACUACAGAUUCAAGAGGCCAACCAAGCUCUCUGCUCCCCAGUAUAUGUGCAUGCUGAUGGACUGGAUAGAGACACUGAUUAAUAAUGAGGACAUCUUUCCUACCAGGAUAGGUGUCCCUUUCCCCAAGAAUUUCCAGCAAGUCUGCACCAAGAUCCUCACUCGCCUCUUCAGGGUCUUUGUCCAUGUCUAUAUCCAUCAUUUUGACAGCAUCAUCAGCAUGGGUGCAGAAGCUCAUGUCAACACCUGCUACAAGCACUUUUACUACUUCAUCACUGAAUUUAGUUUGGUUGACCAAAGGGAACUAGAGCCUCUGAAGGAAAUGACAGACAGGAUAUGUCACUAAGAUCCGCUCAUCAGUAUUGCAAGAACAAACUUAUGUGAUUGACAAGAUGAUGAUCCAAUGACCUGCCAGAAGGAAUUCAGAGAACUUCUUGUUGUAAGAACAUUUUCAGGUUAUUAACACAUAUGGAAACUGUCCACAUGGAUUCCUUUCAUGUCCAUCGCUCAGUGUUAAUUCCAAAUUCCUGAAACUCACCUCCUUCCAUGUUGACUGCUUCACAUCUUCAAGACACACAAAAGGGGAUCAGAAAAUACAUGACAAAAAUAAUUCAAAUGAAAGAGCAUACCUGCAGGAAUACUUGGCAAGGGAACAAAAUAAUCAGCAAUGACAUUGCUUUGUACAGCAUAGAAGGAAACGUCAAAAAAGGAUUUCAUUUUUUUUAAAGUUGAAAAAAUUAAAAACUAUGGAAUAUUUUCACAUGAAUAAAUGAUUUCAGCUAGAUAAACAGGAUUAUAGACUACAGAGGAUUCUUGAUCAGAAGAACAUUUUCUCAAUAAAGCACAGUUAAUGGGGAGGGAUAGAAAUAAUGAAAUCAACAGCGAUUAUUUAGUCCGGUUUUCUCUCAACCUGCAAGACUCAACAGCUCUCUGCAUAUCAACCUAUGCAUCUCCAUUUGUCAAAACAAUACAUGUGCAUUAUUGCAAUAAGGUGCCAGCCAUGAAAAUGGCUUCACAUUAUUUAGAUUAUUGAGCCAGACCAUAUACUACUAUGAAAGACAUAGACAUUCUGCUCCACAGAAACUGAUAGCAAUGCAAGGAAGAUGAUCAGCACAUAGAAUGCAUUUAUGGACAACGAAGUAAGCAGUGUAAUUCUAGUGUAAUUUUAAAUUACAUUUUAAUUCAAUGGCCUGCCAAUCAGGUAAGUGAAAUGGAGGCACUGGGGGGUUGAAACUAGAUCCUCUACAUAGAGUGUGUGGGCUAUUGCUGAGCCAUAGCCUCUUUUCUGUAAUUCUCAGUAACUGUUUCUACUAGCUCUUAAAGACUUAACAGCUACUUUCUUCUUUUGAAAUGAAGUGCAGUGAUUCUUCUUUUUAAAAAAAAUGAUCUGAGCCACAUACAAUGACCAGUUUUAUCAGUUUAUUUAGCCAGGGUUUUAUUUUUUUAUGUCAGUAUUUAUAUCUUGCAUUGUCCUGAUUUUUCUGCCUGGGAAGUUAUUAGGGGAGUGACAGCACUUAUUUGUGAGGUGGGAAAGCCAUACAACAGGCUUCCAGAAGCACUUACCUGGUAGUCUCCCUGCUUCAAACAUAGAGACUGGAAUCCUGUUGGUGAACUAUGCCAGCGAGGAUGGUUGCACCCAGAAGGAAAAAGGCAAUGGAUGCAAGAGUCAUGGUGGCUUUGAAGAACAGGUGGGACAGAGCCAGCAGAUUAUUUUUAUCUUCUUUCAUAACCACUGUGCUAGUCUUAAAAAAGUUGCAACUGCCGGCAAAAGUUCACUCACAAGAUUCUACCGUGUUUCCCCGAAAAUAAGACAGUGUCUUAUAUUAUUUUUUGCUCCCAAAGAUGUGCUAGGUCUUAUUUUCAGGGGAUGUCUUAUUUUUCCAUGAAGAAGAAUUCACAUUUAUUGUUGAACAAAAAAAUGAACAUUUAUUAUAUACUGUACAGUAGUUGUCAUCACAAACCAACAUAACCAAACCAGACAAAUUAUGACUCCUGUCAAGAAUUUCUUGUUACUACUGUAUAAAUAUAAAUAAUAUAACAUUUUAAUAUAUUAUUACCAUUAUUUCCAUGUACAACUGGUAUGUACAUUUACCGAUCCUGCAAGUUCUGGUGUUUUGUUUGGCAGGCGCCGGGCAUGCUUCCAAACAAAAACGUUGCUAGGUCUUACUUUUGGGGGAGGUCUUAUAUUUAGCAAUUCAGCAAAACCUCUGCUAGGUCUUAUUUUUUGGGGAUGUCUUAUUUUCGGGGAAACAGGGUAGCAGAUGAUGGAAGAGCAUCCAGGUAUCAUUUGUAACCCUCCUGGGUUUAACCCAAAAUUUUGAUCAGUAAUUCUAGAAGUCCUUUUUCUGGAAGCACUUCUUUAUUUUGCAUGUGGAAGCAAGAAAGGGGCAGGAGGAGGAGGGGGAAAUCAUGUGGAAGACAGUUUUUUAAAAUAGUUUUUUCCUGUUUGAAGUUGUGUCAUCAGCUUUAUUUUCUAAAGCAGAUAUGGGCAAAUUUCAGCCCUCCAGCUGUUUUGGACUACAACUACAACAGCCGGUAGGGCAGGCUGUUAGGAAUUGUGGGAGUUGAAGUCCAACACACUUGUUUGGCCAUGCCUGUUCUAAAGACUGUCACUCAUUUGAUUGUAUUUUCAUUUAUUUGAUUGUAUUUUUCUGCAUGUCAGGUGUUGGACUGGAUGGCCCUUGUGGUCUCUUCCAAAUCUAUGAUUCUAUGGUUUUUACAAUUUUAUUUUGACAAUUUGGAUUUGAUCUGGUAUAUUUUAGUCUCUAUCAUUCAGUGUAAAAGGCUUUGGUUUCUAAAAGCAUUUGCCACCAAAUUCAGAUGACCAAACUGCUCUGCAAAGUUAGUGGUUUGUCCCUCCUACAUAUAUCCAGUUUCUAUUUAUUAGGCACGUCUGACAGAUGUGUCUGGUACAUAGUAUCAGGUGCAGCGAUCUCUGUAUGAAUAAAUACAUCAGAUUUGCCCUCUCCAUAUGCCACCAAAUGUCUCUUUAAUAUGAUCUUUUCCAUAAGGUUAUCACUGUGAUAAGGCUAUCUUAUUUGAUGGAUUGUAUGAAUUUUCAUCUUAAUAAAAACCGUUUUGAAGAAAA